AUGCAUCAGGCGUCAUCUAUUCAUCAGUGUGUACUGCAUUGCCGAACCAAAAUUUUACGCAGUCAGCAAUUUCUAUUCAAACGUUUUGUCACCCGAAAGGUUCCACUCAUAUCGGCAGAUGUCGCGUCAACAUCUGAUCACAACGAUGACUCUACUUUGCCGAAGAUUAAAACUCCGAAGUCAUCUGCGCUAUCAGAAUGGGAAAUAGAAACAGUUAAAGAACUUUCGUAUGAACUGAGACACAGUCGACUCAAUUUCUCAGCCGAAAUGAACAAAAAGGCUGCACAGAGUCAACUGAUCAGAUAUGCUAUAAACGAGGAAUACUCAUCAAUGAUUUCUUAUGUUAUGCAAUUUCUCGAAGCGGUUUCGAUGAAUUCAACUCAAUAUAGAGGAGACGAUCAGUUCUUCUCUAUAGCUUUGCUAUUGUCCGCACGUGGUAUGCGCUCAUAUUCAACGAAUAUACGAAGUGCAGAUUCGGGUGAUGCAAUUUCAUUAUUUUAUACGAUCGCAACGUUAUUGGAGCGUUUACCGAUCCUUGGCUCGAACACUCGAAUGGCUUGGUUGAUUCUCUUGAAUCGAAUCGAGAAGUGGGCCGAUCUUCGAUCGAUCGACCAACGAUCGUCUGAUAUCGAUCGAAUAAUUUUGGAUCUACAGCGGACAAUCUCCAAAAAAGUCUAUGGAUGCAAUUUCCGUUUUGUUCAGGAUGAAUAUAUGAAGAAAUUUUAUGAGCAAUUAUCAAUGGAAUCAACGCAUUGCUUAAGAGUUCGUAAUUUUUGUCGUGUAUCAAAUGAAAUUAGUGCUGAAAAGUUAAUUGAUGGAUGGAAUUGGCGAUCGGCUAUUGAAAGAACCCUCCAGCAACAUCUCAAGCAGCUAAGACAAUAUCCUUGUGAGCAUCCUAUUCAUUCAUUUAUUGAUGCCUCGUUAAAGGAGUGUAUUGCAGUGAAGGGUUAUUUGGAUGUGCUCGAUCCGAGCGAAGUGGCGUCAUCGGUGAUGACAUCCGUGCUGUCGAUGUGUGGAUUAGGACAACAUCUGAUAGUGUAUUCACAGUUCGAAUAUUCCCUUGCGGAACCCGUUUUGGAAAUAAUUCAUCGAAAAUUCAUCACUAAAUUCAUUGAUGAGCCCGAAAAGUUGUGUGAAGAGUUAUUCGCUGAAUAUAUUCGAUAUUUGCUGGAGCCAGAUUUAUCAAGACGUUUCACUCUACGCGAGUGGUGGAUGCAGUGCUGUGAGAAUGCUCGAGUCGACCCGUUCUUGCAAUUUCCGUUCGUCAACUUUCAUGCAGAAACUCGACGACAACUCGGAUCGUUUCUGCUAAAUGUUGUUAUUGAAGCGUGUACAUUCCCCAAUGACAGCUCAUCUUCGCAAGGUGAGUCACGACAUUCGCCGAGUGUAAAGGAUCAAACCGCACGUGCAUUUGGGAUUAGGAAUGUGGUACUAGAAGAGGAGAGCAUUUAUUCGGAGGACGGAAAAAUGAAUUUGAGUAAGAUGGUGGCACUGAAUACUCGUAUGCUUGAUCUGUUAAACAAACAUCAAUUCGAAUCACUUCUUUUCCCAACUUAUAAUUUACCAAUGAAGAUACCGCCAAGACCUUGGAUUGAUUACGGUAACGGUGGUCCAUCAUAUACAAAAUCGUCAGAUGUUCUGCGAAAUCUGCCGGAUUAUCCAAGGACCGUUAUCAGUGAUGAGGUCAGACGACGCAUUCGUAAGAAAAGUCAAGCACGUCCCGUAUUCGAUGCGUUGAAUGACCUCGGUGCAACUCCCUGGCGUAUAAAUGGUGCUAUGUUGGAUAUCAUCCUCGAGUUUUUCAAAAUGAGCCCCGAUCCGUCGAAAGCGGACAUGCUGCAUCGAUUGGCCAUACCUUCACGUUCUGAUACUGUCAAGGUGCCAGAUUUCGUUGAAACAUUCGGCGAUAACGUCCGAGUCGAACAAAUACCUUCGGAGAAAUGGCGCGAAUAUUCGAAAAAUAAAUAUGAAUCCAUCAAAAAGAGGAACGAACUAAACUCGUUGUGGUAUUGGUUAAUGUAUCGUUUGGUGAUGGCCGAGCACUUUCGUAAGGAUGUUCUAUUUUUUGCGCAUAAUAUGGACUUCAGAGGUCGUGUUUAUCCGAUAUCACCGUAUUUGAGCCAUAUGGGUGACGAUAUCAAUCGAUCAUUGUUGCGUUUUGCCGAAGGUAAACAGUUAGGUGCAGACGGAUUCAAAUGGCUGAAGUUGCAUUGUGUCAACUUAACUGGUCAUAUGAAGAGAGAAUCAAUCGCGAGUCGUUUUGAUUACGUCGAUAAGAUAUUGCCGAAAAUUAUCGAUUCUGCAAACAAUCCCAUCAACGGUGAACGCUGGUGGAUGGACUCUGAUGAACCAUGGCAAACACUAGCAGCAUGUAUAGAAAUCAGAGAUGCACUCAAUUCAGGUGACGCCACAACAUUUGUGAGUUAUUUACCGAUUCAUCAAGAUGGCUCAUGUAAUGGUUUACAACAUUAUGCGGCACUUGGGCGUGAUCGUCAGGGUGGUGCUGAAGUGAAUCUUUUACCGAGUCAGUUACCUGCUGAUGUUUAUUCAAGUGUUGCGAAAAGGGUGGAAGAAAAAAGAUUGGAGGAUGAGAAGAGCGAAGACGAGAAUAUCCGAGAGUUUGCCAUUGCUUUACGAAAGGCAUUGCCGGAUACUGUACCGCGUAAGGUAAUAAAACAGACGGUGAUGACAACUGUGUACGGUGUUACAAUGUACGGUGGAACUCAACAGAUCAAACGACAGCUGAAAGCACUCGAAAUUGACGAUGAACAAUUGGGACGAUUUUCGUCGUAUUUAGCGCGUAAGACAUUUGCAAGUCUUCAUGAUGCGUUCACCAGUUCAAUGCAGUUAAAGGACUGGUUCCGUCGUUGUGCAAAAUCGAUAGUUGAUUUAAUGCGACCAGUUGAAUGGGAAACACCUUUGGGACUACCCGUAAUGCAGCCAUAUUUGAAACUGAAAAAGAAGCACAAUAAGCUAUGUCUUAUGCCAGUUAUGAUGAAACAGGUGAAUGCGUUUCCACCGAAUUUUGUGCACUCGCUCGACUCAACGCAUAUGAUGUUAACGACGUUGCACUGUCGUCGACUAGGCAUAACGUUCGCUGCGGUGCAUGAUUGUUACUGGACUCAUGCAUGCAAUGUGGAUCGUAUGAAUGUUUUGUGUCGUCUGCAGUUCAUCCAUCUCCAUCAACAACCACUCGUACAGCAAUGCGCUAAGUUCUUCGUUGAGAAAUAUUUACCACGUCGACGACGUAAAGAAAUGAGUGCAGACGAGCUGGCACGAUUUACACGAGUUUUUACGCCAUCGGUUAAAGCUGGUCAAUUGAAUAUUGAAGACGUUCGAGAGUCCGUCUAUUUCUUCUCCUAA